ACCGCGCGCAUGCAGUGCACGCUGUCGUCGUCAUCAGUACAUACAGGAAGUAAUGAGCGACUGUCGGGUGAACAGGGAACGGAGGAAAAAGGAGCCGAAGAAAGAAGACAUACAAUAAUGACAUCUGAACUGCAACCACCAGCGGACUGUGAGCUGAACAUCUAACAUCUGCAGUUACUCCAGGCCUCCGUCCUCCAUGCCUGCUCCGCCAGACUUCACUCGACUGGAGAAGAAUGAGCCUAUGAAUACUCUGCAUAUCUCUGUCGGAGGCCUCCCUAUGUUGGCUUCCAUGGCCAACCCGACUGACCCUCGUUUCCGCCUUAAGUGGAGGCCCAUCGUGGUUGUGGCCUUCUCCCUGGGCCUACUUCUCCUUCUCUUUAUGCACUUCAGUUCGGACUUGCACUCCUACGACUCACGCAGUUGGAAGGCCGGUCGCAGUGACACCCAGCAGUCCGAUGUCCGUUACAAUGACACCUACCCUCUCAGUACGCCUGAGCGCACGCCGCAGGGCACCCGUUACCGCAUUGGGAUCAUUGCCGACCUGGACACAAGCUCUCGUAGUGACAAGAAGCUGACGUGGUUCAGCUACAUGCGGCGGGGGCACCUGUUUGUGUCCCAAAGUGGCGACAAGGUAGCAGUUGAAUGGGAUACGGACAAGGUGGUUCUGGAAAGCCACCUGUCGGAGAAGGGAAGGGGUAUGGAGCUGUCCGAGCUGGUGGUGUUCAAUGGGAAGAUCUACAGCGUCGAUGACAGGACGGGUGUCGUCUACCACAUUGACGGUGACAAGAUCGUGCCCUGGGUCAUCCUACCCGACGGGGACGGCAGCGUUGCCAAAGGAUUCAAAGCAGAGUGGCUGGCGGUUAAGGACGAGCACCUGUACGUCGGAGGUCUGGGAAAAGAGUGGACCACCACUGAAGGCGAGUUUGUCAACAACAACCCAGAGUGGGUGAAAGUGGUGGGCUUCAGAGGGGACGUACAACAUGAGAACUGGGUUCCCAAGUUCAAGUCUCUCAAGUCUGCUGCCGGGAUAGAGCCUCCAGGGUAUCUCAUCCACGAGUCAGCAGUUUGGAGCGACACCCUGCAGCGCUGGUUUUUCCUUCCUCGCCGCGCCAGCAAGGAGCGCUACGAGGAGACGGCAGACGAGAGUCGCGGCACGAACCUCGCCCUUAGCUGCUCGCCAGAUUUCAAGGACAUCAUUGUGAGUCGAGUGGGGCCGCUUAACCCCACUCACGGAUUCUCUUCCUUUAAGUUUGUCCCCAAUACAGACGACCAGAUCAUCCUCGCUCUCAAGUCGGAGGAAGACGCCGGAAAGAUCGCAACGUACAUCAUGGCUUUCACGCUCGACGGACGCAUCCUUUUGCCCGAAACCAAGAUCGGGGACGUAAAAUAUGAGGGCGUGGAGUUCAUAUAGACUGAGAGACUCGCUCUUGAGGCCACUGCACUGUUCUAUUUUGUUUACAAUCCAGUCACUGUUGAAGUUACUGUACUCGCUGCUUCCUCAUUGACAAACAACUUCAACUCUUAAAGGAUCGUCUUCAGUACCAAUCGAAGAACUAUGUGCUGACACUUUAAAAUGUGUUUUGGGGUUUUGAGAAAGUGCCAAUCAAUCAACACAAACAAUGCCAGCAUGUCUUGCGGAGGAUCGUCAUCUGCCUAGGACCCUAAACAGUGCUGUAGCCUUUCUUUUAAUGAAUGUACAAAAUAUUGAAUUAUCAGACUGAUUGCACAUACUUUACGCUCACAAAGGGUCCACGGUUUGUUCCCCUUUGCUCCAUGUUAGACAUCAUUCUGUACACACCCAACAUGUUAUUUUCAGUGGAAUAACUAAAGGCCUGUUUUUAUUCUUCAUAAAAUUCAACAUGAUUUGAAGGACAUUUUGUGGAAUAAUGAAUUGUGUAAUGUUUUUGGUGGGGUGACUUGAGUAAAAACCUUAAUUUCUA